CUCCUUCCACCAUGUGGAUUCUAAGGGAUCAAACCUCGGUGGUCAGUCUUAGCAGCAAGUGUCAUCACCAGGCUGAGCUGCACUGCCAGCCCGCCUCUCCUUACUCUGUCCAACCAGGGCAGCUUCAUGAAGGGCGGGAAGGUGCCAAAAGAUGAGUGCAGGACACCCCAUUGAUGUGUCUCAGUGGACAGUCUUUUCACACUGCUAAGACCAAUGUUUGAUCCACUAGAAGGAAUUAACAGAGAAGCUUCCAUAUUGUCACUCUGAAGGUUGUUUGAAGGGGUGUGUGGGUUCUUUGUUUGGAAUAGGGAAAGCUUGAGUAUGCACUAUAACCCCGAAGUGGCUUUUUCCCCUAAUGUUUUGACGUACUCGCAAGUGCAGAUAAGUGUGUAUAGACCACAGGUUGGUGUUAUUUCUCUUCUGAUGUCUAACUUCCUGCUUUUUAAAUCUGUGUGUGUGUAUAUAUGUGAGUGUGUGUGUGUGUGAAUGUGUGCACACGUGUUGGUCAGAGGACAACCUUGGAUGUUAGUCCUUCUACCUUGUUUGAAACGGGGUCCUCUUGGGGUCUCAUUCAUCUGGUUGACUGGCCCAGGAGUUCCUAGGGAUGCUCCUGUCUCCAUCCCCCAUCUCCCUGUGGGAACACUGUCCAUCUUUACAUGGGCUCUGGGGAUCUGAACUCUGGUCCUCUCGCUUGUGCCACACCCACUUUACUUACUGAGCCAUCUCUAGCCAUCUGCUUAAGCAUUCCAGGGCUGCUCCUCUUACUUCCUCCCUGAUGCUAGGUUAUAAGCAGGGAUGCUUGGUUUUUACCUGAGUGUUGGCUUGAACUCAGGUCCUUGUGUUUGUACAGCAAGGACUAUUUCUGACUGAGCCAUUUACCCUGCCCUACAAAAUUUUUUUUGUUGUGGUGGUGGGGUUUUGUUGCUGUUCCUUUGUUUUUAAAAAUAAGCACUGAGGGUUGAAGCCCUGGGCUUAUACACGCUAAGUCCAUCCUGUGCCACCAGCCUUGCUAAAGCUUUUUAAGUGAUUGUUGGUGUGAUGGCAGCUCAGUGGUCAAGUGCAUGGAAUAAUCUUGCAGAAGCCCUGAGCGAUUUCCUUCUCCCAUGUCAGGUGACUCACAGCCACCUGUACCCUAGCUCCGGGGGACCCAACACCUUCUAGACUCUGGACACCUGCACAAAGGGCACAUGCCAUCAUCAUUGCUCGCCGUCUCCAAACACACACAUGUAACUCCGAAAUAAAGCCGAAAUGACUGGUGAAAGCUAGGCAUGGUGGAGCAUGCCUGGAGUCCCAGCACGCAGGAGGCUGAGGCAAAAGGAUUCUCGAGAAACAAAAAACUCCUGGCGUCCUGCAGCGGAUGGGGACUGGAGAGGUACACUGGUCCAGCCUCCUGCCCAGCCUGUGAUAAAAAACCCGCAUACUCCCUCCUGGACACUGCCUGCCCUUCCUCCUCUACUCUGCCUUUCCUGGAUGAACCCCUUCCUGAGAGUCUCCUACCCAGGCCCCUAGGGGAACCUGCCCCUGUUGCUGCCACUGCUGCCUCAUUAGCCGCUGGACACUGAACUUGAAUCUUCUCACAUGGAUCUUGCCCAGAUGUGAACGUUUCUCCCAGGCACUUCUGAGGCUAUAACUAGUUGCGUGGGGAUCCUAGUUCAGCCCAGCCCCUGCCCUGCCAGAAGAGAGCCCUUGUUUUCCCCGACAGAACUGUCAGGUAUUUGGACAGUACACGCCUGGUUCUCUCUCCUCCGUUCAUCCUUGACCUUUGAGAAGCACCCCAUCUCCACAAUGGCAGCGGAGACACUCAACUUUGGGCCUGAGUGGCUGAGAGCCCUUUCGAGUGGUGGCAGUGUGGCCUCUCCACCCCCAUCUCCUGCCAUGCCAAAAUACAAGCUGGCAGAUUACCGCUAUGGACGAGAGGAAAUGCUGGCCCUCUACAUCAAGGAGAACAAGGUCCCUGAGGAACUACAGGACAAGGAAUUUGCUGCAGUGUUACAAGAGGAACCACUUCAACCUCUGGCUCUAGAACCUCUGACUGAGGAGGAGCAGAGAAACUUCUCCCUGUCGGUGAACAGUGUGGCUGUGCUGAGGCUGAUGGGGAAAGGGGCUGGGCCCCCUGUGGCUGCCACCUCCCGUGGCAGGGGCAGCACUCGGAGCCGAGGGCGAGGCCGCGGUGACAGCUGCUUUUACCAAAGAAGCAUUGAGGAAGGCGACGGGGCCUUUGGACGGAAUCCUCGGGAGAUCCAGCGAAGCCAGAGCUGGGAUGACAGAGGUGAGAGGCGGUUUGAGAAGUCUGCGAGGAGGGAUGGAGUACGAUCUGGCUUUGAGGAGGGAGGGGCCGGCCCGAGGAAGGAGCAUGCGCGCUCAGACAGUGAGAACUGGCGCUCACUUCGAGAGGAGCAGGAGGACGAUGGCAGCUGGAGACUGGGGGCAGGACCCCGGCGAGACGGUGAUCAUCGUUGGCGUUCCUCCAGUCCUGAUGGUGGUCCCCGCUCUGCUGGCUGGCGGGAGCAUGGGGAGCGAAGGCGCAAGUUUGACUUUGAUUUGCGAGGGGAACGCGGAGGGUGUGGUGAAGAGGAUGGGCGGGUUGGGGGAGGCAGCUCUCACCUCCGGAGAUGCCGGGGUCUGGAUGGCUUUGAAGAUGACAAGGAUGGGCUCCCAGAGUGGUGCCUGGAUGACGAGGAUGAAGAGAUGGGAACUUUUGAUGCCUCCGGAGCCUUCCUGCCUCUUAAGAAGGGCCCCAAGGAACCUAUUCCAGAGGAGCAAGAGCUUGAUUUCCAGGGCCUGGAGGAAGAGGAAGAGGAACCAUCAGAAGGGGUGGAUGAAGAGGGGCCUGAGGCAGGAGGGAAGGAAGUGGCCCCACUGCCUCCUCCAGAGAAGUCGAGCUCACCGUCCUCACUGCCUGCCUUGGGCCCUCUCUGGACAACAAACGAGGAUGGUGGUGAGGUUGUGGAGAAAGAGCUGCCUCCCGCUGAAGGAGAAGAGAUGAGGGGACUGUCUCUAAGUCCUAGAAUCAGUUCACCUCCUGGCCCACCUGGAGAUCUAGAAGAUGAGGAAGGCUUGAAGCACUUGCAGCAGGAGGCAGAGAAGCUGGUGGCCUCUCUACAGGACAGCUCCCUGGAAGAGGAGCAGUUCACCGCUGCCAUGCAGACCCAGGGCCUACGCCACUCCACAGCUGCCACUGCCCUUCCCCUCAGCCAUGGCGCUGCCCGAAAGUGGUUCUACAAGGACCCUCAGGGGGAGAUCCAAGGCCCUUUCACGACCCAGGAGAUGGCUGAGUGGUUCCAGGCUGGCUACUUCUCCAUGUCACUCCUAGUGAAGAGGGGCUGUGAUGAGGGCUUCCAGCCUCUGGGAGAGGUGAUCAAGAUGUGGGGCCGUGUGCCCUUUGCCCCAGGGCCCUCGCCACCCCCGCUGCUGGGGAACAUGGAUCAGGAGCGGCUGAAGAAGCAGCAGGAGCUGGCUGCCGCAGCCCUGUACCAGCAGCUGCAGCACCAGCACUUUCUGCAGCUGGUUGGCAGCCGCCAGCUCCCGCAGUGUACGACGCUCCGGGAAAAGGCAGCUAUGGGGGACCUGACGCCGCCGCAGCAGCAGCAGCUCACUACGUUCCUGCAGCAGCUCCAGGCUCUCAAAACCCCCAGAGGUGGGGACCAGAACCUGCUCCCGACGAUGAGCCGGUCCUUGUCGGUGCCAGAUUCAGGCCCCCUCUGGGACUUACAUACCUCAGCUUCACCACAGUCAGGUGGUGAGGCCAGUCUUUGGGACAUACCAAUUAACUCUUCGACUCAGGGUCCAAUUCUAGAACAGCUCCAGCUGCAACAUAAGUUUCAAGAGCGCAGAGAAGUGGAGCUCAGGGCGAAGCGGGAGGAGGAGGAGCGCAAACGCCGGGAGGAGAAGCGCCGCCAGCAGCAGCAGCAGCAGGAGGAGCAGAAGCGGAGGCAGGAGGAGGAGGAGCUCUUCCGGCGCAAACAGGUGCGACAACAGGAACUGUUGCUGAAGCUGCUACAGCAGCAGCAAGCGACAAAUGUCCCUGUGCCUCCUGCACCCAGCUCCCCACCCCCACUCUGGGCUGGCCUAGCCAAGCAGGGCCUGUCCAUGAAGACUCUGCUGGAGCUGCAGAUGGAAAGUGAGCGCCAACUGCACAAGCAGCCGGCACCGCGGGAACCUCUGCGGGCCCAGGCCCCCAACCACCGAGUGCAGCUUGGGGGCUUGGGCUCUGCCCCUCUGAACCAGUGGGUGUCUGAGGCUGGGCCACUGUGGGGCGGGCCAGACAAGAGUGGGGGCAGCAGCAGUGGCAACCUGGGACUCUGGGAAGAUACUGUCAAGAGUGGCGGGAGCCUGGCCCGAAGCCUGGGCUUAAAGAACAGUCGGAGCAGCCCGUCUCUCAGUGACUCGUACAGCCACCUGUCAGGUCGACCUGUUCGCAAGAAGACGGAAGAGGAGGAGAAGCUGCUGAAGCUGCUGCAGGGCAUCCCUCGGCCCCAGGACGGCUUCACCCAGUGGUGCGAGCAGAUGCUGCACACUCUGAGCACCACAGGCAGCCUGGACGUCCCCAUGGCUGUAGCGAUCCUCAAGGAGGUGGAGUCCCCUUACGAUGUCCAUGACUAUAUUCGUUCCUGCCUGGGGGACACGCUGGAAGCCAAAGAAUUUGCCAAACAAUUCCUGGAGCGGAGGGCCAAGCAGAAAGCCAGCCAACAGCGGCAGCAGCAGCAGCAGCAGCAGCAACAACAGGAGGCCUGGCUGAGCAGCACCUCCCUACAGACAGCCUUUCAGGCCAACCACAGCACCAAACUGGGCCCUGGGGAGGGCAGCAAGGCCAAGAGGCGGGCGCUGAUGCUUCACUCAGACCCCAGCAUCUUGGGGUACUCCCUGCAUGGCCCUUCCGGUGAGAUCGAGAGCGUGGAUGACUACUGACCAGCCUGUCCCACCAGCCCCCUGGGCCUUAGACUCGGGUGGCAGCAGCAUGGACCCUUGGGUCUCCAGCCCGCAGGCUCCCACAAGGAGCAGAGGAGGAAGCAAGCAAGCGAGCGAGCGGGGCAGGGUCCCCAGCACUUGUUACAAACCACACGAUGCACCUUAACUCACCCACCACGAGGCACUUUACAGAUGGGGGAGGGGCUUUUCUUUUUCUCUUUAAUUUUAAACAUUAGGAGAGACAAAAAUAUCAUUCAAAAGCUAGACAGUAGUCCCCUUCACCCCUUUGGGGAUAAUGGGUGUGACAUUGGAAGGUCCACAGAGUUUGGUUUUGUUUUUUGUUUUGUUUUUAUUUUUAUUUUUUUUAGAAAAAAAAAAGAUAAAAAAAAUAAUGAAAAAAAAAGUUAGGCUGAAAGGAAAAAAAAAAAUCACACUGUUAUUUUCGGCCAGUGGGUACCAGGCCCCAUGGAACUGUCCUGCCUGGCUCCCCUGAGGCUGCACUUACCCUGCUGCCCCUAGAAGGUGGGUCAUUGGGGUAACUGUCAGCUGGGUGCUGGCAGUUUGCACAGCAAGACCCUCUCCAGAAGCCCCGCCCACUGGACCCGCUGGGAUCAGCUCCCUGUGGCAGUUCCUGUGGCAGGUGUCCUGUAAGGGGCCAAGGUCGCCCCUUACCUCAGCUGCUUUGGGAGGAAUGUUGCACAAAUUGGAUGAGCUGCCUCAGCUCCCUCUCCCCCACACUCCCGAAACAGCCCUCCCACACUGGCUGAGGGGAGCUAGGGAAAGACCUGUCAGUGCCAGCCUGUCAGGUAGGCUCUGAACUCGGGCCUGCUGAGGGGCUGCCCCCCACUGCUGCCAUUUCGGGGGACAGCCUGGGUGUGACACGGAAAGCCCCAGCUCCCUCCCUUUGCCACAUGAAUGUAUUCUCUGGCCCCCAAGCCUGUCUCACCCCCUCUGAGAAGGGACACAGCCCUUCUUCCUGCAGGAGCUGGAAAACACCACCUCCUUUUAUCAUGGCUAAGGCCUUGCUUGUGAGGGAAGGACACGGAAGGAGUGGCUUGGGGCUGAACCUGUGGUAGGGGGCCAUGGCGGGACCCCCAGGAUCUACAGCCAGCUGUGUGGGAAGCAGACCACAGCUCUGUCCCUGACCCCUCCACUGACCAAAUGGGAGGAGUUAGCAGCCCCUCCCUUGCUGUUUUUUGUGUUGGGUGGAAGGCUGGAGGUUGAAAGCGCCUGUGUCCCGGGCUGGGGGCUGCCUUGCCUGUUGCUCACCGACUUCACUCCUCGUCCCCCGCCUGGGCUUGUCUCCAUUGUUUGGCUUUUUUUUCUUCCUUUCCUUUUUCUUUCUAAUACACUGUGUUAGUGAAUCUCCUUCGACCUCAUUGCUCAGAAUGCAGUAUUAGGGCGAGCGAGUGAACGAGCGAGCCUGCCACUGCCUCCUCCAUGAAUGUAUUUCUCUUUUCUGCCCUGGGGAAGUGGCCCCAGUUUCUUCUUUCCCAUCAAUCCCCAGAGAGGUGACCUUUUGUUUUCCUUUCAACUUUUUUUUUCUUUUUUCUUUUUUUUUUUUUUUUUGCACCAAAGUGGCAACUGGGUCAGUGUUGGGGAUCAGGCCGGCUCUUGGUGGCAGAGCCCCUCCACCUGCUUCUCCCUGGUUUUGACAGUGUUAGUGUCUGUGAAAAGACAAUAUUCUCUCUAAAGCAAUAAGGGGGUGAUGGGCCAGGGGGAAAUGUCUUGCUGCUGCUGGCCCCCCAGCUCCCCUUCCCUCUUGCCAUUGUGGUGGCAUUGGAGGGGUGGGUGAGGCUCCUGUUGUGACUGAAUGUAACCUGCCCUGCCCCUGCCACAGCCAAUGCAGGGGCGGGGGGGGCACUUGUCUCUUCCUACCCCUUCCCCCAGCUAAAGAGACUUUGAACUUGGGGGCCCAUGAGCCUGGAGAGGCCUUAACCCUGUGAGGAAGUGUAGGGGGAGCCCUCUCCCACCCCAUCCCCUCUGAGAGUGGUCAAUGUUUACAAGCCCUGAGCCCCUAGCCCAGGGACUCAGAUGCCCCUUCCCUCUUAAUCCUUUCCCCAUCCCAGUCUCACAGGGCUGUGCUGCUCCACCCUGCCCCCUUGGGGUUCAGGGUAGUGUAGGUGUCCUGUGUACCCCAGUUUACCCUACCUCUACCCUGUGUGACUUCCCUAAUACCCACUCUUGUAAAUAUUCCCAAUAAAACUUGGUGUGUUCUCCUA